CAACGGACUUAACAACUGGCUUCAAACUUGGAUCCCCGAGGCUGGGGCCCCAACGAGGUGUCCGCUAAAAAAACGCGACCGCAGCGCCUAACGCAUGCGCUCUAGCCCCGCAGGACCCCACUCUCCAAGCCGAGCUCCCAGUGUACUCCGCGAGUAGCUGCUCCGCAAUUUACUUUCCCCUAACUCCCAAUUCGGCUUCGCCUGGAGGCGGAAGUUGAUGGGAGGGGCCAACGUUGCGGCCCGCCCCGGAAGUGGGCGGGCCCGCGGGCCCCACAGUUACUCCGCCACCUGCCAGUCGGGUUGCGGCCGAUGCCGCUCCUGGCUUUGUAGCUUGCUCAAGAUGGCGGCGCAGCCACCCAGCGGGAUCCGCCUCAGCGCGCUUUGCCCGAAGUUUUUACAUACAAAUUCUACUAGUCACACUUGGCCAUUCAGUGCAGUUGCUGAAUUAAUAGAUAAUGCUUAUGAUCCUGAUGUGAAUGCUAAACAGAUAUGGAUUGACAAAACAGUGAUAAAUAACCACAUAUGCUUGACAUUCACUGAUAAUGGGAAUGGUAUGACUUCAGAUAAAUUACAUAAAAUGCUGAGCUUUGGCUUCAGUGACAAAGUCACCAUGAAUGGUCAUGUCCCAGUUGGAUUGUAUGGGAAUGGCUUCAAGUCAGGUUCUAUGCGUUUGGGUAAAGAUGCGAUUGUUUUUACCAAAAAUGGAGAAAGCAUGAGUGUGGGCUUCUUGUCUCAAACCUACUUGGAAAUUAUAAAAGCAGAACACGUUGUCGUCCCAAUAGUGGCAUUCAACAAGCACCGACAGAUGAUUAAUUUAUCAGAAUCAAAAGCCAGUCUUGCUGCAAUUCUGGAGCAUUCUCUGUUUUCUACGGAACAGGAGUUACUGGCAGAACUUGAUGCUAUUAUGGGUAAGAAGGGGACAAGAAUCAUCAUUUGGAACCUUAGAAGCUACAAAAAUUCAACAGAGUUCGACUUUGAAAAGGAUAAAUAUGACAUCAGAAUUCCUGAGGAUUUAGAUGAGACAACAGGGAAGAAAGGGUACAAGAAGCAAGAAAGGAUGGACCAAAUUGCCCCUGAGAGUGACUAUUCCCUGCGGGCUUACUGCAGUAUAUUAUACUUAAAGCCAAGAAUGCAGAUCAUCUUACGCGGACAGAAGGUGAAGACACAACUAGUUUCGAAGAGUCUCGCCUACAUUGAGCGGGAUGUUUACCGACCCAAAUUUUUAACUAAAACAGUGAGAAUUACUUUUGGAUUCAACUGCAGAAACAAAGAUCAUUAUGGAAUAAUGAUGUAUCACAAAAAUAGACUCAUCAAAGCCUAUGAAAAAGUUGGAUGUCAGUUGAGGGCCAACAACAUGGGUGUUGGAGUAGUUGGAAUUAUAGAAUGUAAUUUCCUUAAGCCAACUCAUAAUAAACAAGAUUUCGACUAUACUAAUGAGUACAGGCUUACAAUAGCAGCACUGGGAGAAAAGCUGAAUGAUUACUGGAAUGAAAUGAAGGUGAAGAAAAAUGCAGAGUAUCCUCUAAAUUUGCCAGUUGAAGAUAUACAGAAACGUCCUGAUCAGACAUGGGUUCAGUGUGAUUCCUGUCUAAAAUGGCGAAAAUUACCAGAUGGGAUAGAUCAACUUCCAGAAAAAUGGUAUUGCUCCAAUAACCCUGACCCACAGUUCAGAAAUUGUGAGGUUCCAGAAGAACCCGAAGAUGAGGAUUUGGUGCAUCCCACUUAUGAAAAAACCUACAAAAAGAACAAUAAGGAAAAAUUCAGGAUCAGACCACCAGAAGUGAUAACUCGGAUUAAUUCUGAACUGUUGUUUCGGACAACACCUGUUGUAAAUCAAAGCUUUUCUACUGUGAAGGAAAGUGUUCCAAGAGGACAUCUUCCAGAAGUGGCAAACUCUUUCACAACAAGACUUUUAAAUAAUCAUCAAGUUUCCCCUCAGUCUGAACCUGAGAGCAACAGCCUGAAACGGAGACUUUCUACUCGUUCCUCAAUUUUGAAUGUGAAGAAUCGGAGAUUGAGUAAUCAAGCAUUUGAAAAUUCAGUUUAUAAAGAUGAUGAUGAUGAUGAGGAUGUCAUCAUCUUAGAAGAAAACAGUACUCCCAAACCGAUAAUAGAUCAUGAUGUUGAAGUGAAGGCGGAACAGAGUCACAUUGAGCAAAGUAAUGUUCAGGUGGAGUUUGUGGCUGAUAAUGAACCUUGUGGCCAGACUAGUUCAACAAGCACCUCAUCAUCCAAGUGUGAUCAAGGAAAUACUGCAGCCACUCAGACUGAAGUACCAAGUUUAGUUGUUAAAAAGGAAGAAACUAUUGAAGAUGAGAUAGAUACAAGAAAUGAUACAGUAAUGCUGCCCUCCUGUGUGGAAGCUGAAGCAAAGGUACAUGAAAGCCAAGAAACCUUUGAUAAAUCUGCAGAUGACCCUGGCUGCCAAUUGCAAGAACUAAGAAAUGAACUCCUUCUCGUUACCCAAGAAAAAGAAAAUUAUAAAAGACAGUGUCACAUGUUUACUGACCAAAUCAAUGUAUUACAACAGAGGAUAGUAGAAAUGAAUGACAAAUAUGUGAAAAAGGAAACUUGUCAUCAAUCUACUGAGACUGAUGCUGUAUUUUUACUUGAAAGUAUUAAUGGCCAGUCUGAAAGUCCAGACCAUAUGGUAUAUCAGUAUCAGCAAGCUUUGGAAGAAAUAGAAAGGCUGAAAAAACAGUGCAGCUCAUUGCAGCAUGUGAAGGCUGAGUGCAGUCAGUGUUCCAGCAGUGAGAGUAAAAGUGAAAUGGAUGAAAUGGCGGUGCAGCUUGACGAUGUAUUUAGACAACUGGACAAAUGCAGUAUUGAGAGGGACCAGUAUAAAAGUGAGGUUGAAUUACUGGAAAUGGAAAAAACACAAAUUCGUUCACAGUGUGAAGAACUCAAAACACAAAUUGAACAAUUAAAAUCUACAAGUCAGCAGAUAGCAACAGAUGUUUCUACUUCAAGUAACGUUGAAGAAUCUGUAAAUUAUAUGGAUGGGGAAAGCCUCAAACUUCGAUCUCUUCGAGUUAAUGUAGGACAGCUGCUGGCUAUGAUUGUGCCUGAUCUUGAUCUCCAGCAAGUGAACUAUGAUGUUGAUGUAGUUGAUGAGAUUUUAGGACAAGUUGUCGAACAAAUGAGCGAAAUCAGUAGUACUUAAGGUUUAUUUCAUGUAAGAUGAUAAAAUAUUUGCUCAAUUCUUUUGAUCGUACAGCUUUCAAAAUGUAAACAGUUUAUUUUGUAAAUAUGAUAGGUAACAGACUGAAGAACCAUAAUCUGCUGUAUUCUAUGCAUUCAGAUGUGGACACAGAUAUUGUGGACACAUUAUCAUACCUUUUGAAAUACCUGUGAAUUGUUACUAUUGAGCUAACUCAUGAUUCUGUUUUGAAUGUAAAUAUUUGUAACUAAGUCUGCAUAUAUUUUUUUAUUGCCCUAGGGUACCUAAGUGUUUUUCACCAAGAGCUUUUCAGGUUACCCCUAAGCUUUGUGCAGUUUUUUCUGGUACUCUAAAGUGUAUUUUUCUCUAAAUCGAGGGCUGUGCCAUAAUACAAAUGGAAAUGUUACCUCUGGUUUUCUUAUAAAGGGGUUUAAAUAGGAUUUUAAAAUGAUGUAAUAACACUCGUGAUAAGGCUCUGGUUGUAAGUGAAUUGAGCAUUAAUUUUCUUUGCUAUAAAAUUUUAUCUUCUGAAGUAUCUUAUUCAUGAAAAUAAGAUAGGCAAAAACCAACUCCAUUUUGCCAGGAUUUUCUUGUGCUGAGAUUGCCAAUCAUGGUUAACACAGUGUUUUUAUAGAACAAAGAAAUGAUCUUUAAUAUAAAAUACUGAAAAUAUUAAACCACCAAGUUUAUUUUGAAGCCCAUUUUUGGCUGUUUACUCAGCAUGAAGUGGGUACGGUAAUUAUUCAAUAUUUCUUUUUGCGAAAUUUCCUGUACAGCCUUUUGUAGGAUUACUACAGGUUAAUGUGAGGUGAGGAAGACAAUCUUUCUCAAAUAAUACUGCAUACCUUUUAUUAUAUUACAGUCCUAAGUGUUUUAUAUCCUGGUGUUAAGAAACAAACUUCCCUAGGAAUAUAGUAUUAUAUGCCAUAAAAUAUUAUACUUUAUUGCUCUCUUGUUUUGUGCAAUUUUGAAGAGAUGGCUUUCUAUUAAGUAUAACUAUGUAUAUAUAAUUGAGAGUCAUAUUUUCCACAACUAAAAUGUCCAUUAUUUUUUUCAAAGUUUUAUCAUUGCUAUUUAUUUUUAUUUUUGUUUUUGAACAUUUAGUACAUGUUUAUUUUGUAUGUAUGCUUAAUCACAUGUCUGUCAUAUAUAAUACUAAAUUUUUAUUGUAUGUUAACUUCAACAAAGAGCAAAUAAAUGAAGAUUGUGUUUAUUUGCUUGAUAAAGGAAAGUGUAUUUUUGGUAUGAAGCUGGUUUUCUGUCACAAUUGUAAUUACACAAAUUUUAAGCUAUGUUGUAAUAAAAUAAAAAUAUAUGAUGGCUAA